AAGUUAAGUGAAGUUAAAACAGAUAAUAUAAGGGGUUAUGAUGACUUCAAGAUGGACCAGCAUGGCAAUCCCAUUUCCACCUAUUCAGCCGUUAUCGAAUGGCGCCAUGGGAAGAGACAAAGAGGAGGGUGGCCUCAUUACAGGGGCACUGUUGUUUUUGUCUGCGCUACUCGUUUUGAGGCAGCUUGUAAACUUAAUGCACUGCUGAAGGAAAAUGAACUAUCAGAUCUGACCAAGAGGGAAUCAGUCUACUCUAAAAACAGUCAGGAUGAGUCGGAUGACUCAGAUCCAAAUGAGACUCAGAUUCUGUCGCAACCGUUGCGAGUCAAGAAAUCAAAGGCUCACACAGGGAAAGACCCUGCAGAGGAAUUUCUUGCCAUGUACAGUCAUUCACCACCUUCAGUCCCUCAGUGUGAUAAAAGUCCAAGAAAGACAGUAGUUGAUCUAAAGCGAGAGAUCCAAGACCUGAAAGAAGAGAAUGCUAAACUGAGGGAUCUGCUUGUCCAAGAUGUGCCAGAACUCAUGAAGACGAUGAAAAAUGUGAUUCAUUUGGCUGAACCUAAGAGAUCCAGUUUGCAGCUCUGCCAAAGUUCUCCGCAGUCCAGGCCAGGUUCAUCAUCUGAUGAUUCACUCCUGCCCUUUCCCAAAGCUACUCCAUCCUUCUCCACAUCAGAGUCUGUCAUUGCAUCAUCAAAGGAGUCCCAGUCGUCCAAGGUGGAGAUCCAUCCUGGGACUGGAGUCAUGAUAGAGAAAUUGGCAUGGGCCUAUGCUUGUAAUGCAAGUUCAGCUACAGUAUUUGUGAGGCAUCUGCUCACAGCAGUCUUCCCUACGAAGAUACUGCUUGUGAGCAAUCUUCGGGGGGGAAAACGAGGCAGAGGAGAUGCACGUUUACCUCUGGAUAAGAAUAAACUGGAUGCCAUCUACAGUGCAACUCUUGAGAGGUGGCCUGGGACCCAACCCUCCAGCAUUGGUACCACAAUCAAUGCCAAGAUCACAGAGCUCCGAGCCAAAAGUAAAAAUGUUUCUGUUACAGAGUCCCCUUAAACUGAGCUUUAAUGUCUUGUGUGGCACAUAUUGUAUUAUUGUUAUGAUAUGUCAUGCCAGGUUUAUUCUACUCUAGAGGAACUGUUGUAAGUGGGUAGGUUUUAUCCCACCCUGUUUUUGCCUAAGUUCAAACCUAAGCAGAAAAAACUAUCCAUGUUUAGAUUGCUCUUUUACUAAAAGAGCUGGGGUAAGGUUAAAUAUUUUGAUCUAAUAUCAGUGUUUCAUGUUAA